AUGGCACAUAUCUACGAGCUAGCAGAGUCACUCUCAUCCACACCCAAUUACGUGAAUGGAGUGAAGACAAGCAAACAAAACAAGUUUCCCUCUACAGAGACAUUCACCGGGUUUAAUUCCGCUUCUCGCCUAGAAGCCGAUGUCGAAAAUCUCGAAGUCACCGGCGUAAUUCCCGAAGACAUCGAUGGAACCUUCUUUCGCGUACAGCCAGAUCACCGCUUCCCACCCGUCUACGAUUCGGACAUUCACUUCAACGGGGAUGGAAACGUGACCGCAAUCCGUAUUCAAAAUGGCGGAGCGAGCUUCAAGCAACGAUAUGUCCAUACGGAUCGGUACGAGCAUGAAUCGAAGCACGGAAAGGCUUUGUUCGGCAAAUAUCGUAACCCGUAUACGGAUAAUGAGGCGGUGCGCGGUGUGAUCCGCACGGCGGCUAAUACCAAUAUCUUCUUCUGGAGGGGUAUGUUGCUGGCGACUAAGGAGGAUGGCCCGCCUUAUGCGAUGGACCCGGAGACGCUGGAGACGAUUGGACGUUAUGAUUUCGAGGGGCAAGUUUUGAGUCCGACGUUUACUGCGCAUCCGAAAUGGGAUCCUAGUACUGGUGAGAUGGUUUGUUAUGGAUAUGAGGCGGGCGGAAAUGGCAACGAUGGAUCCCGGGAUAUUGUCGUGUAUACGAUCAAUGCUGAUGGAGUCAAGACGGAGGAAUGCUGGUACAAGGCUCCGUUUUGCGGCAUCAUCCAUGACUGUGGAGUCAGUAAGAACUGGGUGGUUCUCCCGAUGACUCCGUUGAAGUGUAAUAAGGCGAGUUUGGCAAAAGGCGAGAAUCACUGGGCGUGGGAUGCGAAGGAGGAUCAAUGGUAUGGAAUCGUACCCCGGCGAGGAGGAAAGCCGGAGGAUAUUCGUUGGUUCCGAUCGAAGAAUGCAUUCCAGGGCCACACCGUCAGUUGCUAUGAGACAGACGACGGCAAGGUAGUCUUCGACCUGACCAUCGCCAACGGAAAUGUGUUCUUCUUCUUCCCCCCAGCAGACACACCUUCCGGGACAGUCAACCAGCGCAACAAACUCCAAAACUUGACGACUCGCUGGGUCUUCGACCCAAAGGCCCCCUCUCAUUCAUGGGUUGAGCCAGAACAAGAAGUCGAGACUCUGUCUGGGGAAUUCUCUCGCAUUGACGAAAGAUUCCUGACAAUGAAAUAUAACCAUUACUGGCAAGCGAAUAUCGACGGCUCGAGACCCUAUGAUGCAGAACGCUGCGGGUCACCUGCAGGGGGACUGUUCAAUACUAUCGGCCAUUUUACCUGGGACGGGUCUGUUAGGGAUACCUUCUGGGCUGGGCCGCGGGCGACAUUCCAGGAACCGGCAUUUAUCCCGCGGGCUGGCAGCACGCGGGAAGGAGAUGGGUAUAUCGUGGCCCUGCUGAAUCAUUUGGAUGUUUUGCGGAAUGAUGUUUGCAUAUUUGAUGCGCAGAAUAUUGCACAAGGACCGGUUGCUGUGCUUCAUUUGCCAUUCAAAUUACGGCUGGGGUUACAUGGGAACUUUGUUGAGACUCGUGAGAUUGAAGAGUGGAAGGAGAGGAGAUCAUCAGUUUUGGGACCAGUGAAGCCAGCCAGUGCACCUUUGCCAUGGCAGGAGAAGGAGGCCGGGCCUAAGGUUGUUAAACAACGGCUCUGA